CUUGCGGCUUUCCCUAAGGGAAUGCGUGCCUCUCCAUUGUUGGGGAGAAAAGGCGAGGAGAAGCGUGGGAGCAAGGCCAGGAGCCUGCUGAGAUUGAGCCCUUGAAGUGCUGAGAGCUGGGAGGAGUGGCACCUGUGGGUCCCCACAUGCUGGCCUCGAGAAUGAUGCCCGCAUCCCCUUCUUCACUGCAGGUACCUUGCAGUGUCCCAGGAUCCGCUGUCAUGGAUGGAGACAUGAAGUACGGCAAAGUUGAAGAAGUUGUGUGCAGCCAUGUGGAGGAUGCUGUGACCUUUUGGGCGCAGAAUGUCAGUAGAUGUAAUGAACUCUUGGAAUUAAGUUGUGUGCUGGCAGAAACUUGUCCUAGGGCUAAUGCAAUUCUUGGCAAACCUGAUUUUAGUAAGAUUUAUGGUGGGUGUUUUUCUGAAGAUGCGUGUUGGUACAGAUGCGUGGUGCAGCAAGUGAUCAACAAUGAAAAGUGUCAAGUGUUGUACAUUGACUAUGGAAAUUCUGAGGUUCUGAAUAGAUCAGACAUAGUUGAAAUCCCAUCCAGUUUGCAAUGUCCGAGUAUUGCCAAGAAGUACAGACUCUGGGGACUGCGGAUACCAGCUUGUCAAAACUUGAACAUGUUUGACCAGGGGAGGAAGUUCCUGAGCAGCCUAGUUUUUGAAAAAGAAAUAAAAGUACAUUACAAAGCCAAGCACAAAGAUGGUACCAUUAUUGCCCAGGUGGAAUAUGAAAAAGUAGAUAUUGGAGAAGAGGUGGCCAAGGCAGGGUUUGCUGAAAAAUGCACAUCCUCAGGAAACACCAAAGAUGCAGAAGAGAAAAAAGUAGAUGGCAUGCAAAACCAACAUCAGAAGAUAAAGCUUUCAUUACCACUGUUGCUAAGCAGAUCUGGUUAUGUGAACUACAGUAUCCCAAAAGGGCUCUCUGACAGCGUAGCUGCCAGUGCAAGGGAUGAGAUUUCUACUGGAAAUCGUUUAUUUGCCUUGAAGGAAAAAGUGCUGGUUUCUACACCAGUGCCAGACAGCGGCCUCGCACAAAUAAAACCAGAUCAGAAUCCAUUUGAGCUUCUCAGAAGAGAGAAUGCAAAUCUCUUGCAGAGGCAGGAGGAAUUAGAAUUCAAGGUUCAGAAGCUGAAACGUGAACUUAAGAGAGAGAAGGAAACAUCCAGGAAAACUGCUAAAAGUUGUGAGGAAACCCUACGUACUUCUGUUGCAACGAAAAUGAGAAGUUUGGCUGCUAUGGUGAAGACACUGAAACAAGUUAGGCAAACAGAUAAGAGCGGUUGUUUUGGGGAGCAACUCUCACAAGCCAUAGAAGUAGUUACAGAAGGAUGUCUUACUGUUCCAUGUUCCUUGGAAAAAUUGCAGAAGAUUUGGACAGAGUAUGACUUGGCUCAAGAGAGGAUUUGGUUAUGCAGCAAUGUGGAUGAAAGGGAUGAAUUAAUUGCCAAAAGAGAUGAGAUACGGCAGAACUUGUGUUCAGCAGUUGAAGAAUUAAUUUUGGAAGUGGAUCAACUGCCCCUCUCUGAGCGCUCAAGAAAGUUGCAGGAACUGUCUGCUUCUCUGGAAAUGGUGUACAGUCAAGAUUCUGAAGCAGAUGACUCUGAGGAGGUAUUUCAACAGUUCUUUCAGGGGAAGAGUAUUAAAAUGAAGAAAUCAAAUUGCAUCAGAAAUCGUACAGAUACAGCUCUGCAAAUUCUUGCUGACUGGUUCAGUGGCGUUGUAAAGUGUUUUGACCUGAUGUCAGAAGCAUCUUUAGAUUUAGAGGAAGUGGUUGGCAAUAUAGAUGAAAUUCUUGAAAAGGCCAAGUUGGCUAUUUGUGAAGAACUGGAUGCUGUCUUAAGUGAGCCUGAUGAAGCAGUGAAGGGAAUAAUUAUGAGUGCUUACAAUAAAGUUAUACGUAACGUUCAUCAGGAGCAAAAUAUGAUCGCUGUCAUACAGAACAGAUACUUGGCCAGUGUUGAGUUCAAAAAAGAGGCUGAGGAAUGGAUGAAUAGAAGACCUGAUAUUAGCAACUUAUUAACAAUUAAGAAAACUGUGAGAAGCUUAAAGGGCCAGUUAAGGUGGAAGCUGGUUGCAAAGAACAACUUAGAGGAGUCUGAUGAUUACAGUGAGUUUGAAAUGACAGGAAUAAAAGAAGAAAUAGCUGAUCUAAGAAAUAGAAUUCUUCAGGAAGUAUCCAAAGAACAAGAAGAAUAUGAGAAGCUUACUUAUUUGGUACAGAAAUGGUUCCCUGAGUUGCCACUUCUUUAUCCAGAAGCAGGACUUUUAAGCUAUCUGAACUCUGGUGGACUUCUGACACACAGCCUGGAGCGAGGCCUUUUGGAUACUGAACCCAUGAAGGAGCUGAGCACAAAACGACCUUUAGUGUGUUCAGAAAUUCAGGGCAAGAAGGUUCUUCUAAAGGGAUACUUUGUAGAUGUAAGCUCAGAAGCGAAAGUAAUAGAAAGAGUUGCCCAGUAUCGUAGAGCUUGGAAUCGGCAGAAGGAGAAAUCUGGAUUAUUACAACUGUUGUUCCUUCUUUUCUGCAAGUCUGAUCCUUUGCUGUAUUUAAUGGUCCCAUACUACCCUGGAGCAAGUCUGGGAGAUUUACAGGCUAAUGCACCUUUAACUUUAGAAGAGGCAUUAAAAGUGAUGAAAGGAGUGGCCCAAGGUCUACAAACGUUGCAUGGAGCUGAUAUGGUACAUGGAUCUCUGCAUGGCAAUAAUGUUUUUGCUGUGAAUCGAAAACAAGGAAUUGUUGGAGACUUUGAUUUCACAAAAUCAGAGGAAGAACGUGCUGCUGCAAACACUAUGGUUGUCAGCACCCUGAGCUUAGUUUCUCCUGAAUUGAAGAUGGGACAGCCAGCUUCUCCGGCCUCUGACAUGUAUGCUUAUGGCUGCCUUCUCUUCUGGCUUUGCAUUCAAAACCAGGAGUUUGGCAUAAAAGAAGAUGGAACACCUGAGGUGGAUGGGGCUGUCAUGGAUGAUAAAGUUAAAUCUCUGCUCCUAAAAUUGUUCUGCUGUAACAGGCUGACAGCUGAGCAGGUGCUGAAGGACGAUUGCUUCCUCAAAGUUGAUGCAAUUCCAGUUUCACCACAACCAGGUGAACAGCAAGAGCCACAUGAAGAAAAUGAUUCUGAGAAUACAGAUGAAAAUAGAAAAAUGCGAAUAACUGAGGAGAAUGGAGCAAGCCCUACUCAAUAGAUGAGGAACUUUUCCAUCAGGUGUUUGAUGGAGACUUCUGGUUUUGUUUGGUUUUGCAAUCAUUAUCCUGAGAUGUAAUCCCCAAAUACAAAAGAUUUGUCAGGUGCAGUCAUGUUUUGUGAUUACACAAUCUUCACUGUGUUUCAGUUUUGAGUACAUUUUAUUCUAAAUAAGGGUUUGGGGGUGUAAGUGUGGUGUUACUGAUUCUGUUCUUAGUUCGUCAGCGUUUGUCUGUUAUGUAGGCUUUAAGUUUACUGAGGACAGUCUUGCUAGAUGCCAGAGAUCUUUAAGGUGAAGCUGUAGUAACUUGGUUUUGUAUCCCAUUUUCUAUCCCUCUUCUUGCCGUGUUUCCAGAUAACAUGUUCCUCUUCAAGAUGCUCUAGGGCAUUACCUUUUUGCUGGAGGCUUUUUGUAUUGCAUAGAUGAGUUGUUCCUACAGCAACAGCCUUCAAGAUUUUAAAAAAAACAAAAUAGUACUGCUUUCAAAACUGGUAAAAGAGAAGGAGAGCAGCCUGCCUCUUUCUGCAUUUGAAAAAAAGCAAUUGGCUUUCUAGAAAGCAGGCGUCCUUCUAGUUGCUUCUUCGCAGUGCUGCUGCCAACCAGAGUACCAUACACAUGCAUUUGCAAAAAGUACUGCUUAUUUGCUCUAAAUAAGUGUGUGUGUAUAUCCUUUGUUCUUACAUGUUGUUCCCAGUAGCUAUAAAGGUAAGAUAUUUAUGAGUGGUUUUUUUUGCCUGCAACACUUUGCUGUUAACGUUACUGUUGAAAGAGUUUUGUCAACUCUUUAUUUAUACAGGAAAUUGUUGCUUAUCAUUAUAAAAGCUUCCCUUCUCAGAGGCAAACAGGUCAAAAUGUGCAGAGCGGCUGUAGCAAUGUAUUUAGCCUCUGGGUGUUGCUAUUGGACAGUGCUGUUGGCAGGCGAGUAUUUUGUAGAGGAAUUACUGAAGCUGCGUGUUGUUGGAUGAAGAAUGUAAAAGUGCGGUAUGAAAUGGGCAAGAAGCAGCAUCAGGGGAAUUGGGGAGCCCUGAGGUACAGUAGUACAGCCCACAAUGGAUGGAAGAUAACACCCUGGCAGAUCCAUCUCUGAUAUUAACUUUGUUUUCCAUCCUUAAACGAAUUAGUACUUUAUAUGGACUAAUAUGGAAGAUGCUUCAUCCUUUUUUCAUUAAAUGAUAAUGAUUUUUAAAACUUCUGUAAUGUGUGUACAACCAAUGAUAGCAAAACCUUUGUUAAAAUAUUUCAUGUAGAAUUUUUGAUUGGUGUGAUAAAUAUGUUCAAUACAGAAAUCACACACAAAUAGUACCUUGUUUUUUGUCAAUGAAAAUAAAUAGUUUAGAUGUUUUCUGGGAUGCUUUCCAAACACUGAUUGUGAUCUUUCAUGGUUAGUAAAAGGCAGACUUCAGUUUAAUUAAUGUUAAUCACUGAGUAGAGGUCAGAAGCUUAACUUGAUGGUUUGUGUCAUGCUUUGUCAUGUAUACCAGAAUAAAUUUUUGCAGUUUUCCUGUUCCAGAGUCCAUGCAAUCUAAAGUGUACUACUUGAAUCCGCAAAUUGCUCACCUUCUUGAUUUUCUGAAACCAGAGUCUCUGUGCAUGCUUGAUAAAAAAAAAUGCAAUCUCUUCAAAAUCUCUUAAUUAGCCGUAAGUAAUAUGUUUUUUAACAUAUGGAACUUAGCACGUGAGAGAUUUCCCCCCCCCCCCCAAGAAGAACUUCAAUAAAACUUUUGAAACUUUUUGGUAUAGAAGAGUGUCAAGGUAUGAGGCAGCCUUUCUAUUUGAAUUAGAUGUUGAUUACAGUUUUGGUGUCACCAGUUCUGUUUGUUUCUACUUUGAACUUUUUUAUGGUCAUUUUGUAGCUCUGGAUUUCUUUUCAUUUCUUACUUGCUGGAGGACCUAAUACUUAAGCUAAAGCUGAAUGCUUAGCCAUGGUCAUGGACAGCCUGCUGUUUAGUUUGACACACACCUUUCUCAACUGCAUCUGUUCUGGCAAGAAGAUGGGUACUUGGAGGAUAGAGGAGGGAGGUUGAAAUUAUCCCUUAGGAAUGAUCUGUCUCCUUAUUCACUUGCUGCUGCUUCUGAGAAGCCCGAAUUGAGCUUGCCUUGCUCUUCUUGAUAUUGGUAUUCUGCAGUUUUGAGCAGUGUCCUUGUGCAGACCAGGUUGAUGGGGGACCUCCAGGGGCUGAGUGUUGCAUCACUGGGAACUCAGCAGUUCAGUUGUUGUCAUGGGCCUGACCCAUUGAUGUGUUAUGGCCUCUAAUGGCAAGCCUGCAGUUCCAGGUCUUGGUGCUGACAACUUCCUUUCAUGAUGACUGUUUGUUAAUUGUUCAGAUUAGUAUUCUCUCUACGCUCCGUGGCGUCCCUCAAUUGUGUGUUACUGUCGGUCUUGGCUUUUGCUCAGGACAUCAUACCUGUUGGCUACUACCACUGCCUUCUCAGCUGCAGGUCUGGUUGCAGAGUCACCUAAGAGGAAAUGCUUUCUCUGGGCACCUGCAAACAACCGCUUCCUGUGCCUAACGUAGCCUGCUGGCCUGGAACGAGGCUGAUUUUCUUCAGGAAGAGGAGUUUCUGCAGACUCAGAGAGCAUCAACAUUUCUUCAUGGUUGUGGUGGAGUGUUGGGAACUACUUUCUGAAUGCUGCACCUCCAGUUACUUCUGGAAACUCCUGCUGUUCUGUUCACUGCCUCUUAAUCUUCAUGCUCACCCUAACAUCCAUAAUAACAUUACUACCUCUUCUCAUGAACUUUGCUGCUCACUCUGUUAGUACUUAACACUUCUGCCUGUGUAGUUUAGAGAAGGAGGGGUGUUUUUGGUACUUCAAAAUAGCUGCUAGUACAGAGUCCAUCUUGGCAGCUCUUACUGGUAUAACAUUUUUUUUUCCUGAUGGUGGCUGCAAGUUUGUAGAGCUCGCAGGUUAAAUUAUAUUCCUUCACAGGCAACUGCCUCAAGGACUUCCCCUAAAUGGGCAAAGGUUUAUAAAUAUCUCAUAUGCUGUCACUUGAUUUCCCCAACUUAAAAGAAAUUGGUAUGAAUUCAUCCUGAUUUCAAAUCAGGAAUCUAGUACCUUGCAAGUUGAUGGCAUUCUAGACGAUGUGACACUUUUGAAACCCAGAUCUUCCUUCAUCUAAUUUAAAACGCUGGAGAUUUCUCUGUGUGUUCUGACAGGCACUAAGAUGAUGCACCGUACCACACUUCACUUGCAGCGCCUGCAACAGUUGUCUUGAAGCAUGCGUCUUUCACAGCAACCACUGUAGUUAGAUAGACUGAGAACCAUUGCCAAAUUGUCCUGUACUUUAGGGUUGUGGACAGAUCUGCUGUUGGGACAUGGAAUUCUGUUCUGUUAGUGCCAGCCUGCACUGUGUGUGCAGGAAGAUGGUCUUCUGUUUGAAUCGGGUUUUGGCAGCUUUAGAUUCAGGGGCUGUGGUACAUCGAGAUCACACCAUGUAGAAGCACCUUCAUAAGUUAAACCUAUUUGAAUUGGAAAGGUGUUUUAAUGUAUUUUAUUAUCCUUUUUGUCUGGCAUCUGUGUGUUACUGCAAGGUAUGUUACCAAUUAAGCGGGGAGAAACAAGAUUUUUCCCUGCUGUGAAGUUGUGAUUUUGGUUGCUCAGAGCCCCAUCCAACCUGACCGUGAAUGUUUUCAGGCACGGGGUAUCUACCACCUCUCUGGGCAACUGAUUCCAGUGUUUCACUCUCCUCAGUGUAAAAAAUGUCUUCCUUUUAUCUAGUCUGAAUCUACCCUCUUUCACUUUAAAACCAUUAUGUCUCCUCCUGUUGCUACAGGCACUGUAAAAAGUCUGUCCCCAUCUUUCUUACGCGCACCCCUGAAGUAUUGGAAGACUGCCAUAAGGUCUCCUUGGAGCCUUCUCUAGGCUAAACUACCCCAACUCUCUCAGCCUGUCCUCAUAUGGGAUGGACUUCAGACUCCGGAUCAUCUUUGUAGCCCUCUUCUGGACCCACUUGAGCAGGUCUGUGUCUUCCUUGUCCUGAGGACUCCAGAGCUGGAUGGAGUACUCUAGGUGGGAUAUCAUCAAAGCAGAGUAGAAGGGCAGAAUCGCCUCUCUUGACCUGAUGGCCAUGCUUCUCAUGCAGCCCAGAAUACAGUUGGCUACCUGGGCUGCGAGCGCACGUUGCCCUCUUCGUCCACCAGUACUCCCAAAUGCUUCUCCCCAGAGCUGCUCAACUCUCCCAACUGAGAUCCACACAAGAAACUUUUUGAUAGUGUUAACUUUUGUCAGGGGAGUUGAGGACAGGCAAACCUCUGACAGCUCUUGUAUGCCAUCUUUUCUUCACUGGUUUCACACAGAACAUAGCACAAGUUUUUUGACUGGUAUGGUCUGUGAACCUGUCCUCUGUAAAGGAAGAACGCAGUCAUUGCAUUACCUUCCCAGAGGCUCCUCCUCCUUCUAAUACUGGAGAACACCAAAGAACUGGGGUUUGUUUGGGCAGGCUCUGCCAUUUGUUACUGGUCACGCAGGAUGCUCAAGGAGCAGGAGAAAAUGUGUGUGACUUGCAGAUGCAGCUAAGGCAGCAGUUCCCAACACAUCACAUGAAUGAAAUAAACCGUUGAAUGACAGUAUGUUUACAUUUGUGGCCUUUUCCUACUACUCUUGAAAUAUUUUGUUAACCAGAGCUUGGCUGGGUGAUCCAAUUUGUAUUACCAAUUUGUAUUAUAGUGAUCUAUCUGCAAAGCUGUUAAAUUCUUGGGACAUCUUUUGCUAUCAGGGCCCCGUAGUUCAAUCAAUGACUAUUGACUAUGACUCAACAACCUUGAUAUUUCAGUACUUAAUUCCUUACAUUGUCUCUACAACCAUCUCUAUUGUAGAGGACAAGAAUGGUUUGGUGUCCGUGUUCUAUUGGAGACGUUUACUUCAUGGUGCUGUUUGUAAGGAGUGUGAAAGCUAAAGUGCAUAAACUGUCAGGCUGAUCUUUUGGGUCUGCUGUAGGAAUUUGUCGAGAGCAGCCUUUUUUUCCUCAAACUUAAUAAUAGGCUUCCAGCCGCAUCUGAACGUGUGCUGCAUCUUACCUCAGUGUUUUACUAGGGAAGCAGCUAGUCUUUAAAGGUAGGCUCAAAAACCUCACUCUUAUUUAUAGUUACCUGCUCCCACUGCUGGAGACAGAAAUGAUGUGGGGAAUUCAGGGAGAUACCGGAUACCAAUGAUUUAUUAUUUGAACACCACUUUUUCCUUCCUGGGAGUUUCCAUUUCAGUGAAAGUCUCUCUAAAAAAAGGGUUUUGAUGGGAAGCUUAAGAAACGUGUACUGAGACUUGUUCUAAGCAGGAUUUCAAGUAUACUUGACAGUGUCUGUGCAUGCCACCCCUAUGCUAUUUCAAAGCAUAGGUGGCAGUAUUAUUUCCUGCUGGAAUUAACUCUGUGAGUAGUUAACUGCUUUCAUCCUUUGCAAGGACACAGUGGCAAAAGGAAACAGACUGUUAGUGCUGUUAGAUGGGACAAAAUCCUGAACUUGGUUUCUUGAAAACAUAAAACAUUUUCUAGUCAGAGUGUACUGACAGACCAGCACGUUGUGUUAAUAUCUUACUACUAUGCCUCAGGGCAUUUAGAAAGUUAAUUUUUUGACAUUUUUAUUUUCUUUUUGGCUCAACAUCACGAUUCAUUUUUUAUGUUUUAGAAGUUCCAUUUAUGACUGUCAUUAAUUGAUCAUAACUACAAAUUGUACUAGCUGCAAAGAAACACAUAAAAGAAAUGCAAGUCGUAUAAUUUGGAACGUGGUAAUCUUAGUAGCCUGAGUCAUGAAUGUCAUCAUCCACUGCAGUUAGUAUCAUUUUAUGAUUCAUAAGUCUAUUCGUUUCUUUUUAUAGUGUGUCAUCAGAUAAAUAGCUCAACAGUAAGGUGGCAGAAUUGUCUUGUCUCAGCCCAGUCGUAGGAGAGAACACAGGUUUGAUUGUUCCUACAUACACAUAGUAAAUCUGUCCCUCUUGACCUCUUAAAUCUGCAAAACGCUUUCCCAUGCUUCAGUGGAGCACUUGCUGAUUAAGCCAUUCAGAUUAGCAAGUGACCGCUACCUCAACCUAAAUUUUAUAUUUUGUUCUAAUUGUUUUGAAAUGCAUUUGUUCAUUUGCUGAAGGUGACCUACCACAAUAGAUCAGUGCACAGACAUUUACAAAGCGAUCCUAGGCUGACUUAAACUGGAAGCAGUCAGCAUUUGCUGAAUGUUAAGUCAGUGCUAGCAGAGAAGUACUGUCAAGCCCUUCAGUGGUUGAUGUCUGUAAUUUAAUUAGAGAAAACAUAAUCUUUUCAUUACUCUCUGUGGGUUCACUUUCAUUUUAAAAUCCUCAAGUGAUGUGAUUUGUUUUGGAAGGUCCCCUCCUUUUAGGUGCCAUGUCAGCAUUUUGAGGUUUUAAGCUUUACAGAAGGGAUCAGCCUUUACAUAGACAGACAGGUAGAGAAGCAAUACUAAAUCAGAACUUGCAUUACUCAGGAGAAUUAAUUUGCUCUAGUAAUGGUUAUUGCUUUUUCAGGAACUGUGUGGUGGGGAGAAACAAGUUAUGGGCAUACAAAUACUGGCAUCUUUGUCAUGAAUGGCUAUAGGUACAAAAUCAGUACCCUCAGUCCUUGUUAAGCUUCUGAGCUUAUGCUAAGGUAAAUGUCAUGUAUGUUUAAAGUGCUGGGGUAUUGGCUCUGGGCACAGGCUUGGCAAGAUAACAAUAGAAUCAGAGUGUGCCACUAAGAGGUGUCGCUUUUCAAUGAAACGAAUCUUGUUUUUAUAAAAUGCUUGCAGGCUUCCCUUCUGUUCCACGUCUGUGCAGUUCAGGACGGAUGAAACUAUCCUGCGCAGGCAUGCAUAGCUGUGUGCAUUGUGGUGUUUGUGUUUAGAUUCCUCCAGGACUGCUGCUUCCCAGUUUUCAUUUCUUUUACUCGUGUCUCUUUACUGAGGCGCUCUGUGAAUAAGUGGUUCAACUGUGCCGUUAUAAGAGCUAUGUUAGUUUUGAAAUGAUGUGUGAAUUGUCAGCUACUGUUUAAGAACUCUGCUUUUUCCAUUGUUAUGAUAAAUCCUAAUAUGGUAACUUGCUUUCAUUGGCAUAAACUGCUAUGCAAGAUUGGGUCACUUCUAAAGAAUAUGCAAAAUCAUGUCUUUUGACUACACACUUUAGAGUAAACCAACUGUAGAAGACAGGAUUUUUUGAGACUUAUAACAUCUCCAGUGACCCCAGUGCUACUAUCUAUCUUUUCACUAAAAUAAUGGCAAUACCCUUUUUCUUGGCCGAGUACUUUCUCCAGACUUCGACAUCAAGCAUCAAGGAAGACCAAAAAAUCAACAGAGACAGUUUAGGGAGGAGUAUGAGGAAGUCAGACGUCUACAAACUAGGAUUUGUGAGCUAGAAAGGACUUGGGUAAAGAAAGGGUGAAGUUUAAGUCUUCAAACAGGUAAAAGCAUAGAACAGACAUGAACAAAAUGCUCUUAUUACUUGAUCUGUCCUUUUGGGAUUAAUGGGCUGAUUUUUUACUGCAAAGGCAGGUAAGAAGGGAAAGAAACAUUCUAAUUCAGCAUAGUUAAGCACUGGAAUGUAUGGCUUAGGGAGGCUUGAAGCCUCGGGUACAGUGAUGAUAUAGGGCAACUGACUGGCAGGAAUGGCACAGGUAUGUAUAACCACUAUGGGGUGGAAGAUGGGCUGGAUAACUCUUUAUCUUUUCUGUUAUAGUCAGAUCUGUGUUUUGUAAUUAUUUUUUUUAAUGUAUCAUUUUGCAUUAAGCUGUCAUUACUAAGUAGAUUGGUUUCAUCAAGGAAAAAUGUGUGUACUCGAGUACCCAGGUUUGGGUAAAUUGAAAGGUAGAAACCUGAGUCAGAAUCUCUCUUUUGCAGAUGGUAGGGAAAGGAGACUUUCGUUAACUGCAUGCAAUUAAGUUGUGUCUGCAGUUCCAGCCCUAGGAAGCUUAAAAAGUGGCUGGCCUUUUCUCUUUAUUGCAAGCUACGCACCACUUGCUCUCUACCAAAGGCAACUUGACAUUUGCAGAGACCUGCAGCACUCGAAGUAAUAAGUUCUGCCUGCAAGGAUGACUUCGGCAAAGGCUUUAUCAAUUGUAAAGUCUUGUUCAGUACAUCUCUAAAUUGUUUUUAAAGCAAUUUAACUGAUUUUAUACAGAAGCCUGUUGUCCUCAGCUAAUUGUCAAGUGCUUUGCUGCAAGCAGUAACUGUCUUCUGUGGCCAGAAUGUAUGGGUAUAUGAUUAGUAAGACAGUGAUCCAUGUUUGCAUACAAGACUGAAAACACCCAUGGAUAUCUCAUCCUGUUGGGAAACAUUCUAUUUAGAGUAUACUGCCUAUAUGUCUAAUCUGCCAUGGGGGAGGAAUUGCCAGAUAACACGCUGCCUGCUGGUAAAUUGUCAUCAGGCUGGGCCAGGAAACUGCAUUUCCAUCAGCAUUCAUAUGGGAUCCCCCAGCCUCCCAGAAAAUCUACUGCAGAGUGGGACUGACUUUAUCCCUUGAGAGAUGUUGCCAAAAUUGUAUCCACUGUUUUUAUGCCUUUUUUUUUUUUUUUUUUACAGGUGGUACCUUGUGAUGGACCUGUUUCUGUCCAGGUUGUCAUCUGCUGCUGGUUCCCCAUAUCCUGGGCUUGUUUGACAUAUCUGCAGCAGAGGUAGUUACAAUGAUCUAGUCACAGUUGCCUUCAGGCGGAGGAAUAAGGAGCAGAAGGAGAUGAACUUCUGAGAAAUACACCUCCUGCUUUUGUUCAGCUGUCUCUGGUAGGAGUGGAAUUAAAAAACAAUAAUACACAGAGUAUGAUACAAACAGAUGUGUCUUUUAAAGGAAGCAAAGUACCAAGUAUUCCAGAAGAGAUUCAGUUUGAAGAAUGUUUUAGACCAUUAGCUGAUACAAAAUUUUUGCUAUUAGCCUCUUUCUCAGGAAGCCUGAAAAUCGAAGGUCAGGUUAGAAUCCUGGACCAGGAGAAGGUAAAGAAACCCGUUGCACUCUGCACUGAUUAAAUUGGGUAAAUAGAAGCUGAGGUGUCCCUUCUCUGACAGUCCUCUUGUUGAUACAGCCUUGCAAUGAGCAUUAUUCUAUUCACUGCAUCUAUGAAAUUAGGGUAGUGUUUAUCUUGGAGGGGUUUUCAGUCAUCUGAAGUGACCCUAGAAAUCAUUCUGAGCUUAGUUGGAGUAUGUGCUGCUUCAGCCCACCACAGGCAGUGAGCUCAAGGUAUAGACUAAUCCCACAUCUCCCAGCAGUCUGAGUGCAGUGUUCUCCCACCUCAUCAGUAAGAUUUUUACAUAAAGAAUCAUGGAAUCACAGACUGACCUGAGUUGGAAGGGACCCACAAGGAUCAUUGAGUCCAACUCCUAUCCCUGCAUAGGACAACCCCAACAUUCACACCAUGUGUCUGAUGGUGUUGUCCAAAUGCUUCUUGAAUAUUAUCAGGCUUGGAGCCUCAUGCUUCCCUAGGGAGCCUGUUCCCACCUUCUACCACUCUCUGAGUGAGGAAAAUUUUCCUAAUAUCCAACCCAAACCGCCCCUGGCACAUCUUCCUGCCAUUCCCUCGGGUCCCAUCAUUGGCCAACAUAAAGAAGAUAUCAGUGCCUGCUCUUCCUUCUUUCCUUGUGAGGGAACAGGAGACUGCUAUGAGGUCCUCCCUCAGUGUCCUUCAGGCUGAAAAGACCAAGUGACUUCAGCUGCUCCUCACAUGGUUUCCUCUCUAGACUCUUCAGCAACUUAAUCACCCUCCUCUGGACACUGAAAGCGCUUAAGCCUGUGUUUAAGUGCUUUGUUGAGUGGAGGUAGAUUGAAGCAGCUCUCUUUAGUAGUUUGGUGAACUUGGACACUAUUUCCCCUGCUGCGUGCUCAAAGCUUUGUGAUGAGGAGGCAUAAUGCCUAUCUAGCUUCUGUUCUGCUUUUUAAAUCAACGUGUUGACCUUGGACAAGUAUGUUUGAUUGAGGAUAAAGGUGUUGGGAGUGCUUUGAUUUCUGCACAGGAAUGGUACAUGUGUUGUUUUGCUGACCCAGAGUGGAACAGCGUGGAUGAAAGCAUGUGUGUUUUCUUUUAGGCUACAGCAUUAACGCCCAGCACCUGCAGUAAUUCCUAAAUUAUAUAUGCACAAGAAAGACUUUGUAACUUCCUGGAAAAUGUGAAAAUAAAUUUCUCCUGAAUAUAUAGGAAAGAUGUAGGUCUUUUAUAGACAUAUCUAGGUAAUAGCUGGGUGAUAUAUUAUAUGAAUUUGAUGGCCUUUUUCUUAAUUAUCCAGUGUUUCCUGGUGGGAAAUAGUAUUCUUAUGAAGAAAUAGUAUGCUUAUAUUAUUUCUUCCUGAAAUAGUAUUCUUAUGAAGUUUCUUGUAGCCUUUAAAAAUGAUUAAGUGAAGUGGUGGUGGAAGUUUAUAAGCUGCUAGUGGAAAACAGGAAGAAAAGUAUGUGUUUGCAGUGGGAAGCAGCGGGCAUCGUGUUUAGGGCUGAAAAUCUCCUUCUCUACAGUUACUACUAAUUGUUACCAUGUGGUAUGUGUUGACAUAGGACAGCCUUCAUCAGUCAUGGAGAGGAGUCUGCAUUUAUUCACAUGCUGUGAAUAAAGAUCUUUUAUGAUAAGUCAAGUGUUUGAAAAAACAUAUGUAAAAUCAAAGGGAUAAAGAAAACAUGGAACUACUGUUCAGUUUGGGGCAGAUUUCUGAGAGUUUGCUCUUUGUGAAAGUAGAGCUUAAUGGGCCACUGACACAAACCUAUUUUGGCUAAGUUUCAGUGUCCUUUUCUAAUGAAGCUAAUGGAUCAAUCUACAUUAACUGCGCUGUUUCUUCCCUUCCAAGGAACAUCCUGCCUUGUGCAGGAGCAGGGUGGAAAAGUUGUUCCACUUUCACUAAAGUAAUGACUGAUCUCAGUCUGACUUUCAGUCUGCAAUUUAUGCAUAUUGCCUUGCUUAAUCUUGUCUUUGUCUGUACUGAACCCCUUGACCCCACUGCAGAUCUUUUGGGUAUUUAUCCUUUGAAUGCAACUUUACAGGGCUGCAUCACUUUGCAUGCUAGCUAGCGGCACAGAACGCUUCUCUGUUCAUGUUCAGGUGUCUACUAAAACCUUACUUUCUUUAACAGGUCACUUAAAGGAUGCAGAACAUUCUCAUCACAGCAUGAAUCCUUUACUUUGCCACCUGGAUCCAUCCAUGGUUCAACUGCAACAUUUGUCAAAGAUUCAAUUUCUCCAGAUGCUGAUGCCUUUAAAAUAUUUUCUGUAACAAGUGUGCAAAAUGCCUGUUGGAAACAGUACUUGCAGCUGUUCAUUAUCAUGCAGGAGGGGGGAGUUGCAUCUUUAUACUUUCUCAAAGUGUUUCUUUGUGAAAUAAGUGCAAUUUCUUGGGAGUGAUGAUUAAAAAACCAUGUGUGUGUGUGCACGUGUGCAUGCGUACUUGCGUUCACUUCUUUUUUGUGCUGUGCUGUGACUCAACUCAAUUACUCUUCUCCAGGAGUCAGUAAAUGUUAGGGCAAAGCCUGUUUGCAUCCAAGAUCAUUUUCUCCUCACUGUGCUGCUGACAAAGAUACAGAAAGGCACUCAAACAUAUCUAAUCUGAAAGCUGACAUUUUAAUUUAAUAUUCCCCAAGAUGAUGUGAACAACUCAGGGCAUGCCAAGGCAGACCUCACAACUGUCACAAGUGUGUGGGCAGACAGAUGAUGUACACAUGCUUUGAAAAGAAAAAAAAAUCUACUGAAAAAAAAAAGAGUUUGUGAUAAAUUGAUUUAGCCUGCAUAUCGGUUUAUGUACUUACUCGUCCUGACUUAGGCUCCACUUGCUUCUUUCAAUAUUAAGCUAGCUACAGACACUUGGAUCCAGCAUGUCACAGAAUCACAGAGUGGAUGGGGUUGGAAGGGGCCUCUGGAGGUUAUCCAGUCUGAACUCCUGCUUAAAGCAGGUUGCUCAGGACCAUGCCCAAUCGAGUGUUGAAACAGCAAAUCUCUCCAGGUAAUCUUCCAGUUUUUGUCUACCUUUACAAUAAAAAAAAAAAAAAAAAUUUUUUUCUUAAGUUUAAAUGGAAUUUCCUGUAUUUCAGUUUGUUCCCAUUGUUUCUUGUCCUUCCAUUGGACACCAUUAAGAAAAGUGUGGUUCGAUCUUCUUUACACGCUUACAUCAGGUAUUUAUACACUUCAGGAAGGUCACCCUUAAACCUUCUGGUCUUCAGGCUGAAUUCUCGGCCUCUUCUUGCAUGGCAAAUGCUCUAAUCCAUGCAGCUAUCUUCAUGACUUUUUGCUCCACUCUCUCCAGUAUGUCCAUGUUCCAUUUGUACUGGGGAGCCCAGAAUUGGACCCAGUGCUCCAGAUGACUCAGUGGUGCUGUAGAGGGGAAGGAUUAUCUCCCUUGGCAAUGGUCUUUCAGCUGGCACAGAAAAAUCCCCCUUCCCCUGCCCAGUAAAGGGAGGGUCACUGACAAGAUGCCCAGGAAGAGGUGUUCGAAUGGAUGCGUAAGUAUAUCGCACGUGGUGUAAUUUUGGUACUUGCAGGCUGUGGCAGUGUCACAGAAUCACACAGAAUCACAGAAUCACCAGGUUGGAAAGGACCCACUGGAUCAUUGAGUCCAACCAUUCCUAACUCUCCCUAAACCAUGUCUCUAACACUUCAUCCACCCGUUCCUUAAACACUUCCAGGGAAGGCGACUCGACCACCUCCCUGGGCAGCCUGUUCCAGUGCCCAAUGACUCUUUCUGUGAAGAAUUUUUUUCUGAUAUCCAACCUGAACCUCCCCUGGUGGAGCUUCAGGCCAUUCCCUCUUGUCCUGUCCCCUGUCACUUGGGAGAAGAGGCCAGCUCCCUCCUCUCCACAACCUCCUUUCUGGUAGUUGUAGAGAGUAAUAAGGUCUGCCCUCAGCCUCCUCUUCUCCAGGCUAAACAACCCCAGCUCUCUCAGCCGCUCCUCGUAAGACUUGUUCUCCAGCCCCCUCACCAGCUUCGUUGCUCUUCUCUGGACACACUCCAGAGCCUCAACGUCCUUCUUGUGGUGAGGGGUCCAGAACUGAAUACAGUAUUCGAGGUGCGGUCUCACCAGUGCUGAGUACAGAGGGAGAAUAACCUCCCUGGACCUGCUGGUGACCCCAUUUCUGAUACAAGCCAAGAUGCCAUUGGCCUUCUUGGCCACCUGGGCACACUGCUGGCUCAUGUUCAGUCGGCUGUCAAGUAGGAGUCCGAAAAUACAUGAUGUAAUUAAACUGAAAGGAAACUUUUGUCACUUGAGUGAUGUCUGGACAGUGGUGUGGGCAUUUCAGUGGGAGGUCUUGGUGCUGGAUUUAUAGUAACAUUCUUCAGUGAUAUCCCUAAGAAAUUAGACUGAUGGCCAAUCUGAGCAGCAGGUACAGAGAAUGGACUCAAUGCGUGUGUUUUAAGUCCAGUCUGGAGCUGUUGUUGCCAUAUACACAAUAAACCCCUCCAAUGAUGCUUCUUUAUUUUUUGGUCUGUCUUCUUCCUUUGCUUUUUGUUUAUUGCCUGUUUAUCUCACCCAUUUCAGAAAAAUCUGGGCGGAAGUUUUUCAUGUGUCAACUUCCUUCUGUGGCAGAACAAAGCCCAGAGCCCAAGAGGAGCCUCUGGAUGCUGCCUCGGUCUGGGCAGAACCUUACCUGCUGCACAGGUACUGAAAACCUCCGUGCAGUUGCAUCGGUAAGUGUAUGCUUGCCUGCUGGCUGGAGGAGGCUGUUUAUUCUCAGUGCAAUUCAGCAUGUCGCCUGUUUGCUUCAAGAACAGCAUUUGCUUUCAUGCUGAAUCCUACCAUGUGAGAGAAGUGGAAGUAAGUUUUUCAGCCUGUAUCAUUAACCUGAAACAAAGAUUUCUAAUAAACCAAGUAUCUCCAAAGGUGUAUAUCACUUAAUUCUCUUUACUAAUUUUUUUUUUAUGCAACUAGCAUGACAUGAUCUUGCUUUUGUUGGAUUUUUCUUUGAUUUUUUGAAUGUUUCAGCGCAGAGGUUUGUAGAGUAUCUUUUCUAUUUCUUACAGUACACACUCAAUGCAGUAUUUUUUCACUUCUUUAAGGUGCUGAUAUGCACCUUAAACCUCUAAACAGUAGUACUUUUCGUAUAAGGAGCAGAAAUAUUUGUACUGCUGUUUUCCUAAAAGAAUCUGUCUAUGACUCAUGCAUCUGUAUCUUCAAGCUGCUGUAGGCUCGCUAAUUGUCCUUAGUUAUGACACCAUCAGGCACGCACAGCUAAUCUCUGCAGAGGCACCAGCGCUGCUGACGCUGGAGAUGACUUGUUCUGUAUGGUGGCAGUGUAUUGCCACAGAACCUGCUGACUUAGAUACCAGAUGCUUUGCACCUCAUAGAGCAGAUGAUUGUUUCUGAAAUACUUUGAAAGCCAGCUGCUUUUGCCUAAGGGGCUGCUUUGAAGGCAUGUCUUGGUUCUGUACCAAACCAGCAGAAACAUGUUUGCUUCUAGUUGAGAAGUUCAAGUCUUGGGUGACAGUUCUUGGAUCUAGAGUCCUUGACUUGAAGGAAAGCAAACCCCCCACAAAGACAUAACUGCUUAUGGAGUGGGAAUCCUGUGGCAUCCUAAUGAAACUUACUUGAGUUGUGGUAACAGUAGGCACUUAAUUCCUGGUUUUCCUCUCACUGGGAGUUGUGUCUAAUUCUGUAUCUGUGUUCAGUUAUCUUUAGUAAAAGCCGAGAUUGGAUGGUAAAAAGUGUCUGCUUUUUACAGCUUCUGAGGUUCUAGCGCUGCAUCCAUUGAGUAUUCCCUUAGUUGUGCACCGAGACAGUGGAGCAGAUCCUGCUUACAUUUUCUGUAGUGUUUUUUUACAGCCAUCGGUUAAUGUUCUCAGAGGAAGAACUCCAGCCUUUCCACUCUUCCAGCCUGCACACAGCCCUGGUGCUUUCCUCUCUAGAAGGCUGGGAGUGCUUUUGCUAUCGAGGAUCUGAAAGCAAGAUUAAGGUACAAAACUGCCAUUUAGUAUUUGGGAG